GUUACGAGGUCCUUUGUUGACGGCGAGACGGAGCGCCUUCAGUGAGUGGCUCCUGCUGGGAACGACAGUGUGUGAGAAGACGAGGAAAGUUUGGAAAGAAUUGACCUUAAAACGUGUAAGGUUUUAAGAUAGGCGCGACUGUAAGGAGUGCUAAAGUUGACGUCUGACGAGGAACGGGUGCCUUCGAUUCAGACGGCCAGAAAUGGCACCCACCAUCCAGACUCAAGCCCAGAGGGAAGACGGGCACAGAGCCAGUGCACACCGAUCCGUUCCAGAAAGGUCGGGAAUUGUGUGCAGGGUGAAAUACUGCAACAGCCUUCCUGAUAUCCCCUUUGAUCCCAAAUUCAUCACAUAUCCUUUUGACCAGCACAGGUUUGUGCAGUAUAAGGCGACAUCUUUGGAGAAACAGCACAAGCAUGAACUGCUCACUGAGCCAGACCUGAGCGUGACCAUUGACCUCAUUAAUCCAGACACUUACCGGAUAGAUCCAAACAUUGUUUUGGACCCAGCUGAUGAAAAAUUGCUAGAAGAGGAAAUCCAGGCACCCACCAGUUCCAAAAGGUCACAGCAGCAUGCCAAAGUUGUGCCAUGGAUGAGGAAGACUGAGUAUAUUUCUACAGAAUUUAACAGAUAUGGCGUCUCUAAUGAGAAGGUUGAAGUCAAGAUUGGUGUGUCUGUUAAACAGCAGUUCACAGAAGAGGAGAUCUACAAGGACAGAGACAGCCAGAUUUCAGCCAUUGAAAAGACCUUUGAAGAUGCCCAGAAAUCUAUCACUCAACAUUACAGCAAGCCUCGGGUCACCCCUGUGGAGGUCAUGCCAGUCUUUCCUGAUUUUAAGAUGUGGAUUAACCCUUGUGCCCAGGUCAUCUUUGACUCGGACCCCGCUCCUAAAGACAUUGCUGGAUCUGCUGCUGUUGAAAUGAUGUCUCAGGCCAUGAUCAGGGGAAUGAUGGACGAAGAAGGUAACCAGUUUGUUGCCUACUUCCUGCCAAAUGAAGAAACCAUGAGAAAGCGAAAGAGAGAUUUUGAAGAAGAGAUUGACUACAUGCCUGAUGAAGUCUAUGAUUACAAGAUUGCCAGGGAAUAUAACUGGAAUGUGAAGAACAAAGCCAGCAAGGGUUAUGAAGAGAAUUACUUCUUCAUCUUCAGAGAUGGCGACGGUGUCUACUACAAUGAGCUGGAAACGAGAGUCCGUCUAAGUAAGAGAAGAGCCAAGGCAGGCGCUCAGUCCACCACCAAUGCCAUCCUGGUCGUGAAGCACAGAGAGAUGAAUGAGAAGGAGCUGGAGGCACAGGAAGCUCGCAAGGCACAACUGGAGAACCAUGAACCUGAGGAUGAAGAGGAGGAGAUGGACAAAGACACCCAAGAUUCAGGUGAUGAGAAGGAGAAAGGCAGCGAGAGUGAACAGGAGGGCAGUGAGGCCGAGCGUUCUGCCAGCGAAAGUGAAGGAGAGGAGGAAGAAGAUCAGGACAAGAGAAGCCGAGAGGAUAAGGCAGAGUCCCGCCGGCGCAGGCAGAAGGGUAGCGGCAGCGAGAGUGGAGAGGACCAGCAGGCUCGUGAUGAAGAGGAGAUCUUCGGCAGCGAUGACGAGGAGAGUGAGAAUGAGAGUGACAACGAGCAAGAUGGCCAGGCUGAGCGCAAUGAAAGCAGCCAUGAUGAGAGCGGAAGCGAAGAGGAAGAAGGCAACCGUUCCCGCUCGGCAAGUCCGGCCCGCAGCAGCAGCGAGCACUCCGAAGCAGAGCAGCCGAGUGGCAGGAGUGGCAGUGAGCAGGGCUCGGAUUCGAGUGAAGGUAGUGACAGUGACUAAACGGUGCGCCCUGCUGGUGGGUUCUAUUCAGACUCUGGAGCCGAUUGGCAGUGGCAGAGUUGGCCUGAUUUAUCCAUCAGCUGCUCGUAGAUGUACGUAUGAAUGGGCAUCCAUGAAUGUGGAAGGCACAACGUGGUUUGUCUUCCAAACUUUACUUUUUAUCCUUUAGCCAGACGGUGGCAAUGAAUUUGAUUUGUAUGUGAGUCUGUCAGUGUAAAUAGAUUUAAAGAAAAAUAAAAAGCCAUGUGUGUGA